AUGUUGGACGGCUCGUUCAUGGAAGCCAGCUCUGGCGUCGUUCACCUCCACGAUGAUCCAUGUCGUGGCCUCCGUCUCGUUCUAAAUGCUCUCACGACCUCCACUCCGCACCAGUACCUCCGUGGAGCCGACUAUCGUCUCAUUCAAGAGGCAUACAUCGUCACAGACAAAUACAAGAUGGCUUCCCUCCAUCGAACGGUGACUGAAAGACUAUUACCCGACAUCUUCGCGUUCACAUGGGAGCUGACUCACCACGCUCUCCGUCUAAGCUCGAAUAAAUUCAAGUCCUGCCACUACGAUUUCUUCAACGAGUACUUCUCUGGGUAUCCGGAAGACCUGUGGCCACUCUACGCCAAAGCACUCGUGCACUACCAGCGCGUAGAGCCUGACGCUGACCUGAUAUCCCAUCUCUUCGAAGAUAACUCAAAGAUGGCGCACUUCAUGAUCAAGCAGCUCACCAAGGAAGUAGCCGUUCACGAAGAUCAUGCCAAAGGCUUUAAGUCAAAGCUCGAAGCUGAGGAAGCCAAAGUCGCCGCUCUGAACAAGAAGGUGCGUGACAUCGGAGACGACCUCAACGUUCUCGCUGGGAAGCUGAAGGUAUAG